GAAAAAAUAGGGGUAUGCUUAUUUUUUGUGGUGAACAAAAUAAAAUUGGUCCCAACCAGAUCUGAGUUGUACACGUAAAAGACUUGCAUUGUCAGUUUCCCAGUGUAUUUCGUAUUAGAAUUGCUUUUGUCUGAUAACUGAAUUACUAUACAAAAAGUUAUUGAAAUCAGAAUAUUUUUGCUUAAAAAAUAAUUUUAUUUCAUAACACCGACCACUUUUGGCAGAUUAUUUUAGUAGACAGACACAUUAUAUAAAUAUGUAUAUUCUAUGAAUUAAAAUCUAAUGGUUUUUACCGAAACCUCGUUAUAGUAACCAUAUGUAAGUACAUACAUAAAUAUGUAUGUACACCAAUAAAUAUUCAUUCCAUUAGAUACGUACAUACGUACGCAAAUAUGUACACAAUUCAUUACUAAUAUGUCCAGUCAUUCAUCAAGGUCAGCCAAAACUAAGAGUUGAUGAGAUCUGCACUUCAUGGCAUAAUCGUUACUGUGCCUGGUAAAUAUUACAUGACAGACAACAGUCUGAAGUUUAUUGGAUCAUUUUAUGCACUUAUUCUUCAUCCACACUUAUUAACACGACGAUCAUAUGGCGAAUGUGUAAAAGUUUUACGUUUCUCGUAUCAACGUGCACAGUUAUUUAUUAUACCAACUUUAUGGAUUAAUUUUCGAACAUACUUAUUUUCAGAAAAAAAAAUUUUUUCCGAUACAACGCUGAUCAGUUUUAAGUCAUGUGCAUUAAAAGAUAAUGGGAAAAGAGAAUCGUAACGUAGUAAUUUCCAAAUCGGGAAAUCUUACCAGUGAACUUGCCCCACGAAAGAGGAAGCCUCGACUACGAGUGAUUGAACGAGAUCGGCCUUGCGAUGUCUGCCACGAUAAAGCCCGGUCUCACAAUUAUGGAGGCAUUUCAUGCAAUUGUUGCCGAUCUUUCUUUCACCAUUUUGUCCUUAAAAAUCUUAAGGAUAAUUACACGGCCACUUACUCAAAUCUUAAGGAAAGUUGCAAGAAUGAUGGAAACUGCGAAAUUAAUUUACUUACACGAAGGAAUUGUACUACGUGUCGAUUUUUUAAGUGUCUAAGCAUUGGAAUGGAACCCGCUUGGGUCAUCUCUGAUUAUAACAGGACAAAAGAAAGCUCAAAAAAUACAAAAGCAGUUGAGAAUCAAAAAAUUGAGGCAGUUAAAGACAUUAGAAUUGAGGUAUCCAUUCCUCCUUCAGCUCAAGGAUUGAGCGCUGAAGAAGCCGAAAUCAUUAACAAUAUUCCAAAAUUUUAUAAAAAAGCUUGCGAAUUAAUUCCAUACAAUUACGUUUCUCGAUCAAAAACUGAAGUUUUAACAAAGACAAAAAUCCACAUUCUAAAUAUUGGAAUGAUAUCUACAAGCAUCCGGAGAUUUGUAUGUUUUGCAAGAAUGCUCCCAGAAUUUGAACGACUUUCUUUACACGACCAGGCCAAUUUGUUGAGACGAUCCGUGUUGGAAAUGGGCAUGAUACGUGGCGUAUUUACCUUUAAUAUCGAGAAACGUGGAUGCUUUUAUGAUGCGGACAACCUACCAGAAAAAUACCCCGAAGUUCAUCUAGACGAGUGCGCCGGUUUGUAUCCAGAGGAACUCACAGAAAUGAAUAUUCAACUUUUCCGAAGAAUUCGAAGCCAUGCGCCCGACGAAGCAAGCAUUAUGCUUCUUAUUCCUCUCGUCUUGUUUUCCGACUUUGGUGGAAACGAUAGCUGCACCGAGUUUGAUGACCGGCCGGGGAUAAACGCUGCCCAGGAAUUUUAUACUGGAUUAUUGCAAAAAUACUUGAAACAUGUGUUCGGGGAGAAAAGGGGGAGACUUGAAUUUCCAAGGCUACUCGCCAAACUCGUCGAUAUUACACAAGUAGGGCAGCUCUAUCAAGGCUUCCCCCUCAAAUUGACUGAAGAUCAAGUGGAUAAAAUGCACAAACACUUGCUGGAACUUCAGCGUGUGACAAGUACGUCACCACUUACAGAUAACAAGUACUUUUGGGAUAGAAAUAAUUUACCCGAAGAAAAACUAAUCAAACAAAAAGAUUGUUGCAAGAAAUACAUGUCCUCAGCUAAAAUUCUAGAUGCUCUAAGACAUGAAAAAACUGUCGAACACGACAAAAAUGCACCCGCCUUUCCAUUCCUGAUUCACGUAUUUGCUAGUAAUCCAGGCCAGUGGGGAGUACAACCGUACUAUUUUCUUCAGGGGCCUCACAAGGGCGUGGAACGGGCUUUAAUGCGUAGAAUGCCAGAACUUGUAGAAAAUCCGUUGGACUCUCUGGUUAAGCAUGUGUCGGAAUUACGGAUUUCUUAAUUCUGAUCAAACGGGAGGGAAAGUAAACUUGUAUUGAUUCCAAAACGUUUGUUUAAAUUUGUGUGCGAAGUAGUAGUUAUUUUUAAUUGUCAAGUAUUGUAGGUGCAAAUGUAUGCAUAGUUACAUAUAUUCAUAUGUUUGUCAUGAUCGGAAUAAAUGACGCUAUUUAAAUGUA